AUGACACUGUAUACCUUUAAAGGUUUCGAUUACAGGAUCUUCUCUAUACUAGUAUAUUAUAUUGACAUUUUUUACAGAAAACAACAGAAUGAGAGUGCAGAGGAAGAGCAGGAAUUAUCAGAAGUGUUCAUGAAAACAUUAAACUACACAUCAAGAUUCACAAAGUUCAAAAACAGAGAAACAAUAUCCGCUGUUAGAAGCUUACUUAUGCAGAAAAAACUCCAUAAGUUUGAGCUGGCAGCUUUAGCCAACCUAUGUCCAGAAAAUGCUGAUGAAGCUAAGGCCCUUAUACCAAGUCUGGAAGAAAAAUUUGAAGAUGAAGAGCUACAGCAGAUACUUGAUGAUAUUCAGACCAAGAGAAGUUUCCAGUAUUGAGAGACCAGAAAGUUGUCUCCGUGGAACUUGUUUGAGUCAAGAUCUGAUCUGUAUUACUUGGGAUAAACUAAGUGAACCAGCAGUGAUGAGACUGACAUUAAAUGACAGUGGCAGCCUGUUUAGUGCUAUUCAAAAAGUAUGUUAGUCAAGCGAGUAAAAGUAGACUGCUCCAUGAUUUGGAUGUGCAGAUGCAGGCAGCGUGUGUGCUGAGUUUAUCAAAGCAGGUUUCAGUCAUGAAGAAUUCACAGAACAUUUUAGAACUAUAUCAUGUGACACCACCAAAGACCAGAUUAUAUAGGGAUCCCCUUCACAAUACUGUAGAUUUUGAUGGACCAAGUUUAAGUGGAGAAAUCUGGCUGACUGUUCCUAUGAAACUGUCCAGUUUCAGGGGCAUGAUAGUUCAGCUGUAUAAUUGUUGCCUGUGAAUAGCUCUGUGUUUGGGAAUGAACUUCAUACAAAUAAUCUUCAUGCUUAAACCAGAACAUUGGCAGAAGGACAGAUAAAGGAUCGUUGAAAGACAUGCCAACAGAAGACAUGAAUAUUGUACAGCAUAAAUGAUAGUGAAAUUUGAAAUAAAGAGUAUAUAUUGUAUCAAACC